AUGAACAAGGAUGUCGAGCAGGCCUUGUUCGAUCGCGUCGCCCAAAAGCCCGACAUGUCCGUCGACGACAUGCUUUGGUGGCUCUACGACACGUACAAACUCGUUGUCGGUACCCGCACGAUUCGCAGAGCCUUUGAGCGUCGCAACACUUCGCACAAGAAGUUCCGUACCGAUGCACGCAAGCACUUCACCAUCGACAUGGGUGUUGACAUGGACCUGGAUUCCGACGUUGACGUAAAUGUCGACCCUCAACACCACGAUGACCAUGGCUCCCUGCAGAAUGUCAUCCAGGACCCCACUCCCGUGCCUGCGCCUCAAGCACACAUGGCCGUGUCGCAGCCAGACACAACCUAUCAGAGCCCUUAUGCCCCGCUCAUGGCCAUGGCUGACGCUACCGACGACAGUGGCCAGCCACCUCCACCAGACAUUAGUCCUGAGCUGGCUCGCGCUCUGGGAGGCUUGACUGAUUCUACCACCAUGCACCACGAUCUCAUGCCUGAUCAUAUGGACCCUCUGUCCGAGGACGAGGAGACUCUACAACUGCAGCUUCAGCAGAUUGUGCUGCAGAAGAAAGAGCUCGAACUCAAGAUCAAGAUGCGUCGUUUGCGCCAACGCCGGGAGUCGCAUACUCCAAAUGAUGACUCUUUGUUCGACCAUCUUGAUGUUGACACAACUUCAACCUCACACAUGCAUCCAGACUCGACUGCCAACAAUGAUCCUUUCGCUCCACAAUCAGUCAGCACGGGCACUUCUUCAACCACUCCCAAGCCUCGAGAUUCUCGCAGCAAGAGUAAGGUUCAAGAGGCUCGCAAACGUACCGAAGAGCGUCAAGAGCGCAUGCUCAAGGACCUGGAACGUCGCAGUCGCCGUCGCGAGCAUUUGACUGCCGAGUGGGUGCAGAGCCGGGACGUCUGGGCUAAGGGUCCUGAGAAGCUCUUGGUACAAUUGAUGCAUAAACACUCGACCUAUGCGUACAACCAAAAUUCCCUCGAGACCUUCGAGGCCAUAUUCGCAGAGCUAUAUCACCUGGUCGAUCACACCGAGUGGUAUGCUCCAGUACAUGAUGAUCUUCUGCGCGAGCGCACUCGUCGCAAGAUGAGCCAGCUUCGUAGUAAGAUGGUGAAGAGUGGUGAGAUUAUCAGUCGCGGCGAGGGCUAUGGUGGUUGGACCAAGCCUGAUGAUCAUGAUGCUCUGGCUGGUGCAUCUGAUCUCACUGGCACAGCACCGGACGACACGAGUCUUGAUUUGUCUCAACAUCACCAUCAGAUCAACGGCUUGUCCAUGGAUCUCCACGAUUCCAACCACGACACACUCAUGGCUCGUGACGCCAUGAUGCAGCAUGACCAUUCUAUGCUCGAGCACUUGCAAGGCAAUACUACCGACUUGCACCAUACAGAUUUCGACCCUAAUCAGCUAGCACGCCAUCAAAAUGAGCUAUUAGCACAGCGUGGCAUCGCACAUCAGGAACACAUGUCUAGCCAGCGCGCCAUCGAGGAAACCAUGGCCGCUGGAUUGGCGUCAGUCUGA